UGCAUUAUUGACCGAAGGGAAAAGGAGAAAACUACUGUAGUACUUCAUAGUUGUUGGAGUUUGUGUGAAAUCAAUAGUCUGAGUAGCCAGAGAUAGCGCUACAUUCUUACACUACAAGGACAACAAAUGAUAAUGAAAUUCAAUGAUUUUUCGGAAAUUUGAAAUAAUAUGCUGUAAUAAUGUAAUAUGAGCAUGUAGGAACACUUUCUAUUUCCGUUUCGCCUUAAAUUUCCCCCGUCUUUGGUGCAGCGCUUUCUGUAGUCUGUGCUACUAAAUAAAAGUAUGCGGUCUAUCUUGAUGUGCCUUCUCGCAAUUUUUAAAUAGGAUAUGAUGUAAUAAUUGUCAAAUUGAUUCCGGAUUUCGAAAGAAACAUUUCUUUUCUUUACAUCACCUCAAUGGCACCCAUCAUUUGACUUAUAUCAUGCAUCAUCACGUGUGGUACGUUGGUGUGUCGUAUCUACGGUUUGGUGUAUCAACUGUUGUGUUACCUGGGCCGUUGAAUGGACUGGAGGUUAUAGUUCGUUUGUAAUGGCAUGUUGCUGAGAUAAGUUGUGUCGAGUUAUCUGUCAAGCACUACUGUGUGUAUGAACAGAGUUGUAAUGCAGAAAAGCUAUAUGAAUAUGCUUCGAUAAUAUCCAUACAUUUUAAUUACCACUGUGGUGUAGUAUUUUUGACUUGUCUUACCGUAGACUGCCAUGAGUGUCUCUCAAGUUCAAGGUGGACUGAGUAAGCUCAAAAAGAAACAUUUUCGUGUAAAGCACCAAAAAGUGAAGUUAUUUCGUGCAAAUGAACCUUUACUAUCGGUUUUUAUGUGGGGUGUUAAUCACACAAUAAAUGAACUUAGUCAUGUUACCAUUCCUGUAAUGCUUCUGCCAGAUGAUUUCCGAGCCUACUCUAAACUAAAAGUUGAUAAUCAUCUCUUCAACAAAGAGAAUAUGCCUAGUCAUUUUAAAGUGAAAGAAUAUUGUCCCCUUGUAUUCCGGAAUUUACGAGAGAGAUUUGGUAUAGAUGACUUGGAUUUCAAAGAAUCAAUGACAAGGUCACAACCUGUUCUAGUGGAUACACCUGGCAAAAGUGGUGCAAAAUUUUACCAAUCUUAUGACAGAUUGUUUAUUAUUAAAACUCUGACAAGUGAGGAAGUGGAAAGGAUGCAUUCUUUCCUAAAACAUUACCAUCCCUACAUUGUGGAGCGGCAUGGGAAGACACUUUUGCCUCAGUACUUGGGAAUGUAUCGUCUUACUGUUGAUGGAGUGGAACAUUACCUUGUCGCUAUGAGAAAUGUAUUCAGCAAUCAUUUGCAGACACAUAGAAAAUUUGAUUUGAAGGGUUCUACGGUUGACCGGGAAGCUUCAGACAAAGAGAAAGAGAAAGAUCUGCCCACACUUAAGGACAAUGAUUUUGUGAAAGAGGGUAUGAAGAUAUACAUUGGUGAUGAAGCAAAAGAGAAACUCUUGGAGACCCUGACUGCAGACGUGGAGUUCCUUACGAAACUUCAUCUCAUGGAUUAUUCUUUGCUGCUUGGAGUCCAUGAUUGUGCACGUGCUGAACAAGAAAAUCGUGAAAGGGCAGAACAAGAGGAAGAAGAAAAUAACGGUGUGGAUGAUGAUGAAGAUUCAGAAAGUGGUUCUGGACUUGAAACUCGUGGAGGAGAUCGUUGGCCUGGGGGUGCAACACCACCUGAUUCUCCCCAUGCAGCACUUGCCAGAGAAACAAGUUUACAGUAUGAAACUGGGAUUGUACCUGAACUAGAUAUUUAUGCCAUACCAAGUCUAGAAGGUGCCCCUCUGAAAGAAAUAUACUUCUUAGCACUAAUAGAUGUUUUAACUCACUAUGGUGUUAGAAAACAAGCAGCAAAAGCUGCUAAGACCGUUAAGUAUGGUGCAAAUGUUGAUGGUAUAUCAACUUGUGAUCCAGAGCAAUAUGGGAAGAGGUUCAUUGAAUUCAUGAGCAAAGCUAUUGAGUGAAGUUUGUCACAAAAAACAAACAAACAAAACAAUACAAAAACAAAAAAAAACCUCUUCGGAAAUGACAUUGACUGCACCAUUUAUCACAUCGAGAUGACCUGCAUGUGCUCCUACGCUGCUUGUUAAACGAACGCGAGGAAGACCUAACUGAUCAGAAGUGCUGAAGCUAAAGAAAAUGUAGCUUAAGUCAUUGAAUCAUUUCAAAACUAGAUCAAGCAUGUUGUGGCAACAUUUCUAAUAUGUGUGCCAAAUUUAUGAAUGAAUGAUGAUAGUCUUAAAAUUUAACAUCGUAACUUUGAAUCAGACUUAUUUUCCAUUAGACAUCAAGUUUGUCAUACCCAGCAGGUUGUUGGGAUUUUCAAUUCCACAUUUUUGUGUAAUUACUUUGUCUCCCUUUCUCUUUAUUUUUCUUUUUUUGUAUUUUUUUUAUUUUUUUGCUACAACAAGCUUGUAAAUUUACAGGCAGUAUGUAUCGAAACAAGAACAUUAUAUUAUUUUUCAAUGCUUUUUCAUAAUGUGUACCACAUGCCUCAGAAAACAUUCUUAUUUUGAAAUCCGUAAUUGUUUUGUAUUUUCAAACAGUUUAUAUUGAAAUAAUGAGUCAUGAUCUUCUAGAAUACUCUUCACUUUAUAAGGUUGACAUGUGUUAAAAUUUUAGACAAAUAUGUGAGGAAUAAAGUAAAAACAAUAACAUACUCUAAUAUUGUGAAAAAAAUGAAGAAAAAAUUGUGUUUUGCCUGUCGUAUUGAAGUGCUAUACAAUAGAUAGAAAUUUAUAUGUUACUGUGUAAUUGUAUGGUUACAUAACCCAUUCAUAUCACAAAUUCUAUUGAUGAUUUGAAUAAGACUCAGAAUUUGCUUGUGGAGAAAUUUUGUCUUUAAAAAGUUAAUGUUUAAAUAUAUACUUCACGUGUGUAUGUUACUUGCAUGAUUUUGUAGAUGCAAAACGUAACAUAAAAAUGACUGAAAAUGUCUGGAGCUGUGAGAAGAGUAACUUCCAUAGUUGUGCAGUUUCUAAACUUAAUACAGUUGGGAUAUGGAAAAAAUGUUUUAUUCAUGUUGUGAGAAAUUUAUAAUUUUUCUUCAUAGUUGAUUGAAAGAAAUAUUGUGGUAGCUUACCAUGCAGUUUCGGGUUACCCUCAUAUGGCAAACUGUUCACUCUUCUUUCAAUAACGUGUGUUAUGAUUGUGUGCGACACCUGGAUGACACUGUUUAAAAAUACUAAGUUCUGAAUGUAAAUAUGGUUGUGCUGUCACUGGAAAGCUGUAUUGCAGUGCACCAGGUGUGUUUUAUAGAUUGUUAAAGACUGCCUUCAGUAGUGUGUUUUGUAAGAUCUGCUUGCAUGGCCAUUGCUAACAUUAGAAGUAAAUGUAAUUUAAAUACAUGGUGCCACAAGUAUUACCAUUUGAGAGAUUGUUACCCCACUGUGGUAUUCUAGUGAUUGAAGAAAUGUUUUUAUAAGUUUCUAUCAUACAUUUUUACUGAUACUGUUUCUUUGUUUAUUACAUUUGUAACAAUUUGUAUGAAAUGCAUUUUGUGUAUAUAUAUCCCAAAGUUGAAAUCAACUUCAAUUGUACUUAAGAUUGUUGAUGUUAUUUUCUUUUCGAUUACAAUUGGAUAAAUAUCCAAUUUUUCAUUAUGAAGGAUUUUCAAUUUUGCAUAUUUUAAUUGUAGGCAAAAUUGCUUUAAGAACUGAGUUGUGUGCCAAUAUUUUUUCUACACUGUCCUAAAUAUUGUUUUAUUUUUUGUUAUUUCUUUUAUUGUUAGUUUUUCUCACUAACACACAUGAGGUCCUCAGGUUUAUACUCAAUCAAUGCUCAAGAAUUUAACAUGGUGAUUGCCUUCUAAUUUCAAUAGUUUUUAUUGUCAAAUAACCAUGACAUUUCCUGAGAUACUUUUCAAGUUUGUUAAAUCUGUAAGAAGACUCUUGCACUGACAAAUGUUUCCUUUCUUGUCUUCUAUUGGACAUCUGUAACAAUACUUGGUGCAUUGUGGUUCAUUUAAUUAAUGCAGUAUGGCCAGAUAUUAUGAUUAUUGUAUCUUUGUGAAUAUAUCUGUUUUACUCUUUUAAUAAUAUUACUCAAGUGAGAUGAAUUGCACUCAGCAAGCACAAAGUAAUUAUUGUACUCAUUACAUCACUGUAAAGUGAGGACUUCUUGUAUGACAGUGGUAGUUUAUCCAUAUUAUAUGUAUUCAUGAUUUCCUUUUGAUUGAAAUGGGGAUUGUGCAAUUUGUUGGCAUUUUACAUUUCUAAAAUGAACAGAAUUAUGAAUUCCCAUGUGUAUCUACAAUGUGUGUUCUUGAUGCAAGGGAUAGAUAUGUAAAGUGAAUGUUAUACUUUUUUCAUUAGAAAUCAAUCACAAACUUUUUCUUUCUACUGUUUUUAGAAUAAAGCACAAAUGCAAAUUUGUGUAGACUUGUACUACUAUACAUUUUACUUGUAUUUAGUUAUAUUGCAAUUAGAUCAUCAGAGUAGUUUGUCAUUGUUCUUUAUAUAUAAGUAUGUGUGUGUGUGUCUAUAUAUA